AUGGCGAUAGAAAUCAAAACCUUGACCAAGUCCGACGAGGUCACGGCCUUCCGCAAGCAGCCGGGGAAGCACGCGCUGCUCUUCUGGCAGGCCAGCCACGGCCUUUCGCAGCAAAUGAAGGAAGUAUUCGACAACUUCAGAGAGGACUUUCCCACUGUCGCCCUCGGCACCGUCGACGUGACGAACGAGAGGUGCUUGGCGCACGCCUGCAGCGUCACCGAAGCGCCCACGACGCUCUUUUACGAGGAUGGGGAGUUCCUCGGCCGCCUGGUCGGCGCCCACCCUCCAAUGGCCACUGAGGCCAUGACCUGCUGGGUGGAUUCGGGACGCGAGGCGCUCCAGCGCGUGCUAAUGGACAUGCAGCCUGGGGAGCAGCCCGCGCGGCCGCACGCGGAGCUGUCGCUGCCCGAGCGCCUGCGCCAGCUGAUCAACAGCCACCCCGUGAUGGUAUUCAUGAAGGGCAAGCGAGAAGCGCCAUUUUGCCGCUUCAGCAAGCAACUCAUGGCGAUUUUCGCCGCGGAGGGCCUGGUGCUCUUUGGCACGUUCGACGUCUUCGACGACGAACAAGUCCGCGAGGGACUCAAAACGUACUCCAACUGGCCAACCUAUCCGCAGGUCUACGUCAAGGGCGAGUUGAUCGGUGGCGUAGACAUCAUUAGGGCUUUGUGCGAGGACGGCACCUUCGCCGACGUCUUCCCUAAGGAGGCGUUUGCGUGA